GACACAUUCACGUGGACCAAUCAGUGCAAAGAAAUUAAAACGUAUGCGGAAAUAUCAUGGGCAACGAACACUAAUGAAUACAAAAUCAACACUUUCACAUUUAAUUUUCCCUAAUCUAGCAGUGUUUUUCAGGUCCUAUGCGUCUCAGGCCGUCCACAGCUGUCAGGUUAAUCUGCCUGACUUUUAUUGUUCUGUUGUUUCACUGCUGUUACAUUUCCUGUCAAAGGUCGGACGGUGCCCUGACAGUGGUUGACAACCCAGAAGUAAAUGGAUUAGACACUGAGGAUGGAAGUGAGGCUACAAUUGAGGAAGAAGAUAUUAAAGAGGACUUGGAAGUGGUUCAUCCCACAGAUCAAUGGCAAACACUCAAACCAGGCCAAGCUGUACCAUCUGGUUCACAUGUCAGAUUAAAUUUACAAACUGGACAGAGGGAGGUUCGACUGGGAGAGGAGCACUUAAAAUACUGGACACAGCAGCAUAGUGAGAAUGAAGACAAACAGCCCUUUAUUAACCCUGAUGAGCUGAAAAAAGCUAUGAAGAAAAUUAAGGAAGAUCUGAAUAUCAACAAAGACUCAAAUCAGAAAGAAUCUGUGUCAUCUCAAUUUCGACCACUGGACGAGCUAAAGAAGGACAUGGCUCAGUUGGAUCUCCUUGUGGAAACGGAUGUUCAGAUAUUAAGACGACUCCUGAACCAAUUUAAUAGCACCCAUGUCACAGAAGAUAAAUUAAACAUUCUGCAUGAGCUUGAGUACAUGGUGCAUCAGGUUGACAAUGCCCAAAACCUUUGCUCCAUGGGUGGUCUUGUCUUCAUUUUAGAGGGUUUGAACAGCUCAGAUUCAAGAUUACAAGAAAGCUCUGCCUUUGUGUUGGGAUCUGCAUUAUCCAGCAACCCAACAGUACAGGUGAAAGCUGUGGAAAGUGGUGCUCUUCAAACAUUACUGACACUAUUGGCUACAACUGAACAUUUUCCUGUACAAAAAAAGGUCCUUUUUGCUGUUGGCUCGCUUUUGCGGAACUUCCCAUUUGCACAGCAACAUUUUCUGUCAAAUGGUGGUCUACAAGUGCUGUCGGAGGUGUUCCGAGGGGAUGGUAAUGGAAGUCUGCGAACACGAAUUGUUACCCUGCUACAUGACCUGAUAAGUGUAAAAGAGCAGAUAUCCAAGACAAGCGUGGACUCUGUGGAUCCCUCACAUGAAGAGCGAGCACGUCAGUACUCGAGAGUAUCCUUGGACAAAGAACUUGUGGAGACAAACUGGUGCAGCCUUGUUCCACAGCUGCUUGAUUCAUCUGAGCAUGAUUACAGAGAGAAGGCCCUGCAGACUUUAAUAGUAAUGGCUCCCAUGUGUUUGCAACAGUACCGCACAGACAGGUCUCUGAUGACCUCUCUGACAAGAUUAAAGACACUUUAUGAGGAAAUUGUUAACAAAGAAAAGACUGUGGAAAACAGUCAGACAGAAUAUUUUGAGGAGAUUGUUGAACUUAUAGAUAAUCUCAAAAUUAAAAUAAGAUAAUAUUUUAUUUACAUGUGUAAUAAAAGUUAUUAAAAAAAAAACUAGGCACUGAAGUUUUAGUGUUUAAAAUAUACAGGGAAUAAGUACGUCAGAAAAAUAUUAAUAAUAAUAAUAAUAAAUGGGCUCUUUCCAGACUCAGAA